AUAUUUUCACUCAAAUUUUAACAUACCACUUAAAUUUAUCAAUUUUAUCAAUUUUAGUAAUAUUUUUAAUGAUAUAUUUUUUUAUUUUUGGGAAUUUUGUGAAAUUUUAAUUCUUUCCAUUUUCAUGUUAUUACACAGUUUUUACCUCUAAAUUAAUAAUUUUUGGCUCUAAAAGAGUUUAAAUUUACUUGAAAUGACAUUAUCAGUAGAUUCAAUUACUUCUUCAAAUUAUGAUUCUGCCAAUUCAAUCACUUCACUACUUGAUGAAUAUAGUCAAAACUCUCUCCUAAACCUCAAAUCUAAACGAAUUACGCCAACUUCCUCUCCUAAUUUGAAUGUGUUAUUUGAUGGCGGUAUAAGGAGUCAGGAGCUCAUUGAGUUUUUUGGUGACGAUUACGAAGCCAAUGCCGAAUUUUUAACGCAUUUGGUAUUUGAGUAUUUGUAUUCUGAUCCUUACGCCAAUGCUAUUGUCAUUACCACAAAUUACUCUCAAAACCCCUACAGACUCUACGAAUCUUGCAAAUGUUUUCUACGGAAAUUUGAUUUUGCUGAGGAUAAAACUAGUGAAGAAUUGGAAAAGCUAUUGAAACGUGUUUAUAUAAUACCUUGCGUCUCAAUAUCUGAUCUCUUGUGUAUACUGGACACUAUCGCAUACAACGGGUAUACACAAGAGAAUUCAGAUUCACAUCUCGGACUCAUCACCAUUCAUAUCCUCAGCUCACUCUUCAAUGAAACUGAUUUCUCCUCAACGAAACGAGACAGCACAACUGUUGUGAUUAAAUUACGUGAAAUUGCUCAUGAACUUAAUUGCUCCAUCUUAGUUUCUAAUUUCAAAACUCAUCUCACCAACUCCAAAGAGGAGUUUGAUCCGUAUUUGGAGACGGAUAAUGCAGUAUUUUCAAAAUUGUCCGGUACAUGGCAUUCAGCUAUUGAUACCCGGAUAUAUUUAACAUCAUUGAACGCGGAUCGAUUUGUUAAAAUCACAGCACAAGUCAUCACAAGCCGACGAAUGGGCUACAAUGAAGCCACUAUUACUCUCUUUAAAACUCAAUAA